CAUCUCCUCCUCAUCUCCCCCUCCUCCUCCUACACCAGCGCUACCAUGACGACCCCCCCCAGACCCCCCCACUCCUCCUCCCUGAAGCUCAACCAGGUGGGUCAAGUGGUUCUGUAUGGUGUACCCAUCGUCUCCUUGGUGAUCGACCAUCAGGAGCGGCUGUGUCUGGCCCAGAUCUCCAACACUUUGCUGAAGAACUACAGCUAUAACGAGAUCCACAACCGCCGCGUGGCGCUGGGUAUCACCUGUGUUCAGUGCACCCCUGUCCAGCUGGAGAUCCUGAGGCGAGCUGGCGCCAUGCCCAUCUCCUCCCGCCGCUGUGGCAUGAUCACCAAGCGAGAGGCGGAGCGGCUGUGUAAGUCCUUCCUGGGAGAGAACAACCCCCCCAAACUGCCCGACAACUUCGCCUUUGAUGUGUCACACGAGUGUGCCUGGGGUAGCCGUGGUAACUUCAUCCCAGCGCGCUACAACAGCAGCAGAGCCAAGUGCAUCAAGUGUUCCUACUGCAGCAUGUACUUCUCUCCUAACAAGUUCAUCUUCCACUCUCACCGUACUCCUGAAGCCAAGUACACCCAGCCGGACGCUGCUAACUUCAACUCCUGGAGACGCCACCUGAAGCUGUCAGAUAAAACCCCUCCUGACGACCUGGCGUUUGCCUGGGAGGACGUGAAGGCCAUGUUUAAUGGUGGCAGCAGGAAGCGGUGUCUACCCUCAUCUCACUGCUCCCCCAUGGGGCCGGGAAAGGUUGUGAACUCUGGUCUGCCCCACAUGAUGACCCCUGACCUGGUCCAGAAGAGGAGCCGCUUCGAGGAGGAGGAGGACCUGGAUGGAAGCAGCCUGUCUCCCCGUAAGAACCCUCGCAGCUACCCGGUGAUCCCUGUGCCCAGUAAAGGGUUUGGCAUGCUGCAGAAGUUUGCCCCCACUUCCCUGUUCCCCAACCCUUACUCCUUCCCAGCCUUCAGCCUCUGUCAGCAGAAGAAAGAUGACAGUGAGGUGAUGACAGUGAAGAACACUGGUCUGUCAGGUCUGCUGUGGCCCGGUCGUAAAGACACCUUCUAUCCUCCGUUCUGCAUGUUCUGGCCCCCUAGGGCUGCUGGGGGCCUCCCGGUGCCCACCUACCUGCAGCCACAGCCCUCCGUCAACACUCUGUCCUCAUUGGCCGAGAGCCCCUCCCUCAGGCAGGCCUUCCUCGACAUCUCAGAGCCCCCACACCCAGGGGCAGGGCCAGGCAUGGGAGCCACACCCAGGUCAGGUCUGUUUGACCUUGACUCCUCCACCCUGACCUCUGACUUGCACCCUGUGACCUCAGAGGGCUGGCUGAAGGUGUUGGACAACCCCUCUCUCCAGGCCAGGAGAGCCUACUACCACUCAGCCUUCCGACCCGUCGUCAAGGACGCAGAAAGCAUCGCCAAGCUCCAUGGCAACCUGGAGGAGUUUGGGUCAGAGCUCCACCUGUCCCCCGGGACCAGCUGCAGCUACGCCUCUGAGAGCGGAGGAGAGGGGGAGGAGGAAGGAGAGGUGGAUGUAGAGACCAAGCAGGAUGAAGAGGAGGAGGAACACUUCAACAGACCAACCCCACCACAGACACACAGCGGCCUGCACCUCCGAGGGCUGACUGAAGGAUCAGGACCUUGGGAGAGAGGAGAGAAAGAGGCUGUCACCUUCCCCUGCAGCCCUGCAGAUCACAGCCAGGACCAGAGCAGCAGUAGCCUGCCUGCCUCUCCUCCUGCUCCCCCUGCCAGCCCCACACACACCCCGCUGCAACUGGAGGACCAGUCCUACAAACAUGUCAAAACUCAUAAAAGCAGAGACCAUGGACUGCCUGUUUGUGCAACCAAAGAAAACUCCAAAACAGCUGAUGAAAACAAAGAACCUAGCAACUUCUUUGUAUCAGAGACUAAAUCAUCUGACCCUGAGUACUGGAGAGAGAUGGCAGAACAACGCUGUUAA